UGUUGUUCAUCCGGCUGUUGUUGUUCCCUCCGGCAGUACCUGCACACGGAGCAGCGGCUGCUCCACGGCGACAUCAAAUCCCCGAACGUCGUCGUGCGCGGGGCCUUCGAAUCCGUCAAAAUCUGCGACAUCGGAGUCGCCCUGGCCCUGGAUGAGAACCUGGAAGCGCGCGAUCCCGAGCAGCCGUACGUGGGCACGGAGCCGUGGCUGCCUCCGGAGGCGCUGGAGCCGGGCGGGAUCAUCUCAGAUCGCUCCGACAUUUUCCCGCUGGGGCUGACGCUGUGGGAGAUGCUGGCGCUGAGCGUGCCCCACCUGCCCGACAGCAGCGAGGAUUCCUUCUGCUCGGAGGAUUCCCUGCGCUCCGAGGAUUCCCUGCGCUCCGAGGAUUCCCUGCGGGAGGAUUCCCGCUGCUCGGAGGAUUCCGAGGAUUCCUGGGAGCGGCAGUUCCGGGCGCGUUUGGGCUCGCGGCCGCCGCUGCCGGCGGAGGCGGCGCUGGAUCCGGCGCUGGGAUCCGUGCGGGAAUUGUUCUGCGCCUGCACCGCGGCCGAGCCCCGGCAGCGCCCGCCCGCCGCCGCCCUGUGCCGGGCACUGGAGCCACUGCCCAUGGCAAUUCCACAGGAACUCCUGGAGUGAGGGCUCGGAGCUCCAGAACACCGGAAUUCCCGGAGCUCCAGAGCCCUGAAAUUCCCAGAGCUCCAGAGCCCCGAAAUUCCCAAAGCUCCAGCCCCAACAUUCCCAGGUUUCCAACUCUGCCACGCCCUGGAGCCGCUGCCCAUGGCAAUUCCACAGGAACUCCUGGAGUGAGGGCUCAGAGCUCCAGAAUUCCCGGAGUUCCAGCCCCAAAAUUCCCAGAUUUCCAACUCUGCUGGGCGCUGGAGCCGCUCCCUGUGGGAAUUCCCCAGGAACUCCUGGAGUGAGGGCACAAAGCUCCAGAAUUCCCGGAGCUCCAGAGCCCUGAUAUUCCCGGAGCUCCAGCCCCGACAUUCCCAGAUUUCCAACUCUGCCGUGCCCUGGAGCUGCUCCCCGUGGGAAUUCCCCAGGAAUUCCAGUGAGGGACGGAGCUCCAGAAUUCCUGGAGUUUCAGAGUUUUCAUUCCCAGAAUUCUGGAGCCCGGAUGUUCCCGGAAUUCUGGAGCCCCAACAUUCCUGGAGUUCCAGAUCCUCAACCUCUUGCACUUCUGGAGCCCGGAUGUUCCCAGAUUUUCAAAGCCCCAGCAUUCCCAAUUUUCCAGAACCCUGAUAUUCCCGGAAUUCCGGAGCCCCAAACAUUCCCAGAUUUCCACCGGGACGUGGCUCUGGAACCUGGAAUUCCCCAAUUUCCACCCCCGGCCAUUCCCAGCUCUCCAGACCCCGACAUUCCCAAAUUUCCAGAGGGAUGCAGCUCUAGAGCCCCCAAAUUCCCGGAUUUCCAGAGCCCCAACAUUCCCGAAUUUCCAUUGAGACGCGGCUCCGGAGCCCCGACAUUCCCAGAUUUCCUCACCCCGUUAUUCCCGGAUUCCCACGGCGCCGUUCCCGGCUCUGGGAGCGCCUGGAAUUGUGUCCCUCCCAUUCCCAGAAUUCCGGGAUGGAUUUUCCCAGGGUCCUUUUUAGAUUGGAUUUCCCUAAAUUUGAGUUUGGAAAUUUUUUCCCAAUUUUUCCAGUUGGAUUUUCCCUUUUCCAGGUGGGAUUUUCCCUCUUUUUUUUCCCCCUGGAUCUUCCCAAGUUUUCCCGUUGGAUUCUCCCAGGUUGGGAGUUGGAUUUUCCCCGUUUUUCCCAGUUGGAUUUUCCCAAGUUUUUGGGGAUUUGGAUUUUCCCGAGGUUUUUUCCCGGAUUUCCCCUCCUUUGGGUCAGAUUUUCCCUCCUUUCCCAG